AUGUCUACCCGUGAUUCGCUAUCAACAUCGUCACCUCCCGAUCAAGCCCCAUCACAGCCCUCGAAAUAUCCCAAAUCGCUCAAACAUGCCCCUCGAGCUAUAACACCUUCCCUCGGGGGCUGUCAGACCGACACGCUCCAGAUCGAAGUAGAUGAUAGUCAAGGUGGUGGAAGUUUCGUCGCCUUCCUACAUAGACCCGUAUCAGAUCCCUCUUCCACAACCUCCUCCACUACUCGAAAUCGUCACGUAGGAGCCAUUCUCCUCAGUGGAGCAGGUGGUGGUGUGACCGGUCCGAGUGGUAUCUAUCUGUCCAUCGCUGAUAAACUCGCUUCUCUCCCUGAUGGUCAAGCUAUCCCAACCUUACGUAUGGACUAUCGAUAUCCCGCUAGAAACAAGUACUGUGUACCUGAUGUCAUAUCUGCGAUGGACUGGUUACAGUAUAAAUCGGGUUUAGGACUCAGUCAUUUCGUAUUGGGAGGAUGGAGUUUUGGAGGCGCACCAGUGUUCACUGUUGGUGGAAAGGAUAGAAGGGUGAUCGGUGCUGUGACAAUAGCUUCUCAGACGGCCGAAACAGAGGGCAUCAGACAGCUUACUCCUUCUCCUGUGUUACUACUUCAUGGUACAGGUGAUAGGACAUUAUCUCACAGCUGUUCUGAAAGGCUAUAUCAGCAAUAUGGAUCGACACACGGCGAAAGAACGAUGCAUCUUUUCCCGGGGGACGAUCAUGCCCUGACUAGGAACUCGAGAAAGGCAGAAGAGAUGAUUUGUGAAUUUAUAGUCAGAUGUGCGGGUGUAACAAUGGGUGAUACGGUCAAACAUAAGCUUGAGGAGGAUCUAGGACCGGGCACGAAGAGAGAUAAAGUGGAGAUUAUGGAGAAAGGUGGUGAUCUGAAUGGGUCCGAGCGGAUAGAAUAA